CCUCCGGUAUCCCAUAAUGCGUCAGUGUCGGCGCUGGUAAGCCGCAUGCGCAGUCGCUCAGUCUCUUUUGGACCCGCAGCUCUUCUGCUACAAUGGCCAAGCGCACCAAGAAGGUGGGGAUUGUGGGGAAGUACGGCACUCGUUACGGUGCGUCGCUCAGGAAGAUGGUGAAGAAGAUCGAGAUCAGCCAGCACGCCAAAUACACCUGCUCCUUCUGCGGCAAGACUAAGAUGAAGAGAAAGGCUGUGGGGAUCUGGCACUGUGGCUCCUGCAUGAAAACCGUGGCUGGCGGUGCCUGGACGUACAACACCACGUCAGCCGUCACGGUCAAAUCUGCCAUCAAGCGUCUGAAGGAGCUGAAGGACCAGUAGACGUCGUCGUCUCGUCUCGGACUGUUUUUUUCCUCUGUGGCUCGCUGGAACAUCCCAUAAUAAAUCUGAGUCUUGAGUCGGA